AACCAAAUUUGGAGUGGAGGAUCACCAUUUAAUUCCGUAUUCGUGCAGGGUAGAAUAUAAAUAUUACCCCAAUCAUCGAUCAUUGAUCUAUCAAACCCAUCACUCUUUCAAUAAACUCUUUUGCCUACGGCGUCCAUUCGUUUUGCUAGAAACUACAUUACAUUCGUUUAUAACUACUAUUUUGGAAGAUCUGUCGAUCUCUUGUUCGACCUCGCAGAUUCAUUCCUAUCCGAUGCGCUCCUUUUUCAUACCAGCAUUGACGGCCGUUGCCAGUCUAGGGAUCCCCGGGGCACUUGCAAGUGUAACCUGCGAUCAAGGAUCUGGAAGUGACAGCAAGCCUCUUCUUGAUGCGCGCGAGCUGAUUGACACGACCCAAGAAUGCAUUCAAAAUCUUUGCGCUACCAAGGAAGAGGGGAUAACCACAAAGCAAUGUGGACCACUCGUUGUUAGCGUCGCUAGAUUGACUGCUUUGCCUUCCAAUGCUGAAGAGUGUAUGAUUCAGCUGAAUAGCAUCAUCAACGAGUGCAUUUCGACUGAAUCCACCUCUGGGGGCUUCUCUGGAACCAAGGAUGCCUUAUACGAUAUCUCUUUUCCGGACCAGGAGGACGAUGAACGUGAUGACCCGUACCGGGGACUCUGGACAGGAGGUCAUGUUCCUGAUGGCGAGCCUGAUAGCGACGUUGAAGAUGGAGAGGAUGGAUUCGAAGUUGAUCUCAAUACUGUAAAAGACUCGGAGACAAGAAGACACAGAAUUAAGCGUCAACCUGGAAAAUCGUCUCCCAAAACCAAGAAGUCUGGGAAGUCUAGUAGUUCGAAAGCAAGCAGUACUAAAUCUAAAGCUGCGCCAAAGAGUACUUUAAAGACUACCGCAAAGGGCUCCGGUAAAGCUGCUGCUACACAGGGCUCCAAAAAAGCCACUUCCAGUGCCAAAAUUACUCCCAGUUCCUCAAAGAAAGCCUCUACAAGUGCCAAACCCACCUCGAAAUCUUCUAAGAAGGCGCAAUCUUCUGCGAAAGCCACCUCAAACUCUUCUAGAAAAUCUACAUCAAGCGCCAAAGCGACAGUCAGCUCAUCACCGAGCUCUACGUCUAGUGACAAUGCGGCAUGCACUUUGACCAAUCAAAAAGAUAGCAAAAACAACAAGGGAACUGGUAAGAAUGAAAGUUCCUCUGGCAAGGGCAAUACCAAGAAUGGCAGGAACCUCGAUAGACGAGGGUGCGGGCAGUCACAUCAGGUCGAAGAUGAUAUCCCACUUGAGCAGCCACGACGUCCAGUAAGACCUUACCAAAAGAAGGAACUUGAUCCAAACAAGGUGACAUGGUGGUCGUUCAAUAACAUGCGGCAAGGCACAGUCGAUCCGGCAGUUCAAGAAAUCAUCAAUGGCUUAGGUGUAAAAGCUCAGCUCGACGUGGUAAAGAUCAGCAACGCGGCCUUGUCAGUCCGGGGCAGAUUUGGCCCAGAUAAAACAAAACUCAAACGAAUCAAUCCUGGAUACUGGACUAAAAGAGGUGAUAAAUAUCUUGUGGUCAACGGCGGUUUCUACGACCCCGUGAAAAAACUACAUCGAGUUCACAGCCCCAAAGACUGAGAGCUAUUGUC